AUGCCUCUGCCUCGGGACUGGUCCCCAAGUCGGAAGAAUCCCAUUCGACCACCUCCUGGCCACCUUGAAGUGUUGAGAGCCAGUGACCGGGAGUUGGGAGCUCUUCGUCUAGAGGACAUCAAGCCUGCGGACAUCACGUAUGACAAUGCAGGCAAACCGGCUUACUUCAGGACAGACAUCUGCAAGAGUGUUGAUCUGGAAUGCCGGGCCUACUUUGACAGCUCACGGCCUUCUUCCCCUCCCCCGGAUCCACACCUGACCCCACCGGCUCCUAUCAAGCGGAUCUCAGUGCUGCACAAUGGGAAGCCGGAGACCAACAAGCGGCCUAUCAGGAUGUGCUGGAAUCAUGAUUUGAGGAAGAUCAAUAUUCCUGAUGCAAUCUGGGACGGCCACAAAAUUGCCUGGUCAUUCACGGAACAUUCAACCUUCGACGAGAUCCUCCACGUCACGAAGCACCCAAAGGCCGAAAGGGAUGAUGCCAGGCUGGAUCCAACAAUCCAAGGCGAAGGUCACGCAGAGAUCUCUGGCCCUUGGCUUGAAAAAGUACAAUAUUACCUGCACUUUCCUGGUUUGCCCGUGGGCAAGAUGCAGACCGGCAAAUCCGUCGAGAUUGUUUAUCCGUUGGAGUUCUUGACGAUCAAGGGUCUUCAGCCUUACCCACACAUGCUUGACGGCAUGCAGACCAAACAGAUGAUCCAGUUCUGUGCCACGAAGCCACCCCAGCGCCUGGCCGAUGUCAAGCUAGCUAAAAAGUUCCUCCGCCACGAUGAGGACCCUACGCUGAAGUCGCACGGCAUGGUUGUCGGCCCUGAUAUGAUCAAAACCAAUGCUCGUCUGCUUCCAAACCCUCAGCUCCAGUUUGCCAACAAAAUGAUCAACCCGGGUGUCAACGGACGCGUGCCUCUCCGGUCCUGGGGUGUUGGGUAUCUCGCCGACAACCGGAAUUCAGUUACUCUGGAGCAGACUAAGCGGUGGCUCGACAUGAUGGUCAACAUUUACAAGAUGCACGGUGGUAAGAUCCAAGCGCGUCCGAUCAUUGUCAGGCUUGACGGCGAUAUUGGAAUUGCUUGCAAGGUCCUCUACGACGAAACAGCCAAAAAGAACGGCGAGCCGCAGCUGCUUUUUGUGAUGGUACCAAAUAUGGUGGAAGUCGUGUACACGCGGAUCAAGAAAUCGGUUGACUGCCGAUUCGGAGUCCCCUCUCAGGUCCUUCAGGCCGCUCAAUGCAUUGCCAACUGGCCUCAGUACCACACGAAUGUCUUGAUGAAGGUCAACGCGAAGCUGGGAGGAGUCACGGAUCGUACUGUGUCCUCUCGGCCGGGAACCUCGCUCCGCCCCAUGGGAAUGAUCAUUGGAGCAGAUGUCACUCACCCAGCGCCGGGUGUUUGGACGCCGUCUCUGGCAGCGAUGUCCGUCUCGGCGGACGCUCAUGACACCCGGUACAUGGGCAACUGUAAAACCAACGGCAACAAGAACAACGAGAUCAUCGGCUAUCAUGAAAUCGCCGAUAUUCUGAUCCUCCUCUUCCGCGAGUGGAUCAAGACCACAGGAGGGGGGAAACCGCCCAAGUUCAUUUACUACUUCCGUGAUGGAGUGUCUCACUCUGAGUACCAUGGAAUCCUCAACAGCGAAAUUCCCGCUAUCAAAAGGGCCCUUGCCCUUGCGGCCAACAUCACUAGCUGGGAGGGAAAAAUACUUCCGGAGAAUCAAAUCCAGGAUUCCAAUGGCAACCCCUUGCCAGGAACCCUGAUCGACCGCGAUGUGUGCAGUCCGCACAACUGGAACUUCUUCCUGUACUCGCACAUCGUGUUGCAGGGCACUGCACGCCCUGUCCACUACCACGUGCUCGCGGACGAGAUGAACCACAAGGCGGAUGAGCUUGAGGGCAUGAUCUACGAGCACAGCUACCAGUACUGCCGGUCCAGCACCUCCGUGUCAAUCCACCCGGCCAUCUACUACGCUCAUCUGAUUUUCAUCCGUGCUCGUCACCACGAAGAUGUUUCCCACACUACUGCAGGGCCUCAGAGUGGCCGCAGCCUCGCUCGGAAUCGGCCCAUGCCCGAGCAUAUCAAGAACCAGAACGUUCAGGUCCUUCUUCCCAUUGAGGGUGGCAGGAACCGCUUGGCCACGAAGAUGUGGUAUGUUUGA